ACUUAAUGCUUUAGAUUCUGGGCUGUAAUCAGAAGAAAUCUGGACCAUCCUACAGAAAAUCGUGUUGGAGGUGCACUGGGAGCAGAGGGCUGACUUUGGCUUUCCAUGUGCAAUAAUCCUCAGCAUGUCCUUGUUCCAUCCCACUCUGGCCGGGGCCUUUCUGCUACUCUUCCUCCUUCCAGGAAUUUGGGUUUCAGCUGAGAACAUCAACUUUUACGACGUGAGGCCUCCCCUGGACCCCACCCCGUUUCCAGAGAGUUUUAAGUGCUUUACCUGUGAGAAUGCAGAGGACAAUUACAGCUGUAACAGAUGGGCUGAAGAUCGAUGGUGCCCUGAAAGCACUCAGUACUGCUUGACAGUUCAUCUCUUCACGGACCACGGGAAGAGCAUGUCAGUCACCAAAAAAUGUGCCACGGGGGAGGAAUGUCACCUCGUCGGCUGCCACCGGCACGGAAAGAGUGGCCACACAGAAUGUGUUUCCUGCUGUGAGGGCAUGAUCUGCAACGUGGAGAUCCCAACCAACGACACCAACGCCGUGUUCGCCGUCCUGCCCGCCCGGAGGACGUCGGGUGGCAGCAGGAGGACAGUCAGCGUGGCAGUGCUGGUGUCAGCCGUGAUGGUCACCCUGUCCUGA